CGGCGCGGGCCGGCCAGCGAGGAGCGCGGCGACGCGGACGGGGAAGCAGGGCCGGGCGGGCGCCGCCUGCGGAGAGGCCGGGGGCCGGCCUGCGUGGGGCCGCGCGCGGCGGCGGCGACUUCCUUCGGGCCCGGCCGGACAGCGCAGGGCCAUGGCCGAGGCGGCCGCGGCUCCGAUCUCUCCGUGGACAAUGGCAGCUACGAUUCAGGCCAUGGAGAGGAAGAUCGAAUCGCAGGCUGCCCGCUUGCUUUCCCUGGAGGGUCGAACCGGGAUGGCUGAGAAGAAGCUGGCCGACUGCGAGAAGACGGCCGUGGAGUUCGGGAACCAGCUGGAGGGCAAGUGGGCCGUGCUGGGCACCCUGCUGCAGGAGUACGGGCUGCUGCAGAGGCGGCUGGAGAACAUGGAGAACCUGCUGAGGAACAGGAACUUCUGGGUCCUGCGGCUGCCCCCGGGCAGCAAGGGGGAGGCCCCCAAGGUGCCCGUGACCUUUGAUGACGUGGCCGUGUAUUUCUCUGAGCAGGAGUGGGGCAAGCUGGACGAGUGGCAGAAGGAGCUGUACAAGCACGUGAUGAGGGGCAACUACGAGACGCUGGUGUCCCUGGACUAUGCCAUCUCCAAGCCCGAAGUCCUCUCCCAGACGGAGCAGGGGAAGGAGCCGUGCGGCUGGCGGCGUGCUGGUCCCAAAGUUCCGGAUGUUCCUGUGGACCCCAGUCCAGGCUCAGGGCCGCCAGUUCCUGCCCCUGACCUCUUAAUGCAGAUCAAGCAGGAGGGCGAGCUCCAACUCCAGGAGCAGCAGUCUCUGGGGGUAGAGGCAUGGGCAACCGGGCAUCCCGAUAUCGGAGAGGAGCCAUGGGGCCUCAGCCAGCUGGACUCCGGAGCAGGAGAUGUCUCUACAGAUGCUGCCUCCGGCGUCCACUCCAGCUUUUCAACCACUAUCCCUCCCACCUCCUGGCAGGCGGAUCUCCCUCCCCAUCACCCCUCCUCCGCAUGCUCAGAUGGGACACUGAAGCUCAACACAGCAGCCUCCACGGAAGCAGAUGUAAAAAUCGUGAUAAAAACAGAAGUCCAGGAAGAAGAGGUGGUGGCCACACCAGUGCAUCCUACUGACCUAGAGGCCCACGGAACCCUGUUCGGACCAGGCCAGGCCACCAGGUUUUUCCCUAGUCCUGUCCAGGAAGGAGCCUGGGAGAGCCAGGGCGGCUCCUUCCCCGGCCAGGACCCUGUGCUGGGGCUGAGAGAGCCCGCCCGGCCUGAGCGGGACCUGGGUGAGCUUAGCCCUGCCGUGGCCCAGGAUGAGGCCCCUCCAGGGGACUGGCUCUUCGGGGGGGUCCGCUGGGGCUGGAAUUUCAGGUGUAAACCUCCUGUGGGCCUGAACCCCAGGACUGGGCCUGAGGGGCUGCCCUACACCUCCCCUGACAACGGAGAGGCAGUGCUGGACCCCAGCCAGGCCCCAAGACCCUUCAGUGACCCCUGUAAGUACCCUGGCCGGACAAAAGGCUUCAGCCACAAGCCAGGCCUGAAGAAGCACCCGGCAGCGCCCCCGGGCGGCCGGCCUUUCACCUGCGCCUCGUGCGGCAAGAGCUUCCAGCUGCAGGUCAGCCUGAGCGCGCACCAGCGCAGCUGCGGGCCGCCUGACGGGGCGCCCGGGCCCGCGGGGGGCGCGCGGGACAGCAGCGCCCUGCGGUGCGGCGAGUGCGGGCGCUGCUUCACGCGGCCGGCCCACCUCAUCCGCCACCGCAUGCUGCACACGGGCGAGCGGCCCUUCCCCUGCACCGAGUGCGAGAAGCGCUUCACCGAGCGCUCCAAGCUCAUCGACCACUACCGAACGCACACGGGCGUGCGGCCCUUCGCCUGCACGGUCUGCGGCAAGAGCUUCAUCCGCAAGGACCACCUCCGCAAGCACCAGCGCAACCACGCGGCGGGCGCCAAGGGCCCCGCCCGCAGUCAGCCCCUCCCGCCGCUCCCGGCCGGCCCCCCGGACCCCUUCAAGAGCCCUGCCUCUAAAGGACCCUUGGCCUCCACAGACCUUGUGACCGACUGGACUUGUGGCCUGAGCGCCCUGGGACCCACCGACAGCGCGGACCUGUGAGGCGCCCUGAUAGCCGGGCUGCCCCGGCGCCCCGCCCCCUGCAGGCCGCAAGUGUAAAAAGCCCCGCUUCCAGCCGUCGGUGUGGUGGCCCAAGCUUAGAGGCAGGAGUGGAGACUGGGAGAGGCCAAUUUCCUGGUCGCUGAACUGAUCACUGGAACGAGAAACUAUCAAACAGUGCAGCUUCCACCUCUGAACAAAGUAGAAUUCUUUGGUUGCAAAACUGAGCAGCAUAGAAAUUUAAGUAAUUUAAUUAUGAAACUUUUUUUUUAACUCUUGAAGACAGCUGGAAAGUAGUAGUGGCCCCAGUUCAGACUUCACAGCGUACUUUUGGUUGCCCGAGCGUGUGUCUGCGGGCUGGGUCCUUAUCAAGUCUGACUGGGUGCUGAGAGGCUGGUCAGCUGGGGGUGCGGGCGAGCAGGGACCUGGACCUCCCCUGGCCCCACUGACUCCUAGGGAUGGGCUGGUCCUAGCACACAGUCCCCCAGGGCAUUGAGCCUCCACCUUGCCUGGGGCAGGGCUAGGCCUGGGAACAGCCUGGGUGCUGUGGAACCCCAGCCCCCAUCCACCGGCAGCCAGUCCCACUUUCCAGCCUGCCUCUCAGAAAAGGCCCCCAAAAUGUGCUGGCCCUGUUUGUGUUCCCCCGUAACUGGCCGUUUGCUGCCCUCUGUGGGAAGGGAGCUUGGCAGUGUGGCCCUUGGGACCACACUGGGACCUUGCACGUGACUCUGGGACCUCGUAGAGUUGUCUGAAAACGGGGUGGGGGCUGCAGAGAGGACGCGGCUAAGGCACGGGUGAUGGAAGCCUUCAACAUGAAUUGCAGCAGAGCCAGGGACAAAGCCCGGCCUGCUGACCCCACGUGGGCAGCGUUCCACUCCAGCAAGAUGCUUCUAUUUCCUUUUCUCUCUGUAAAGUGUUUCUUUUCAUUGUCAGAAUGCUUUCACAUCACAUCUCGUUUGAUUGUUACCGUGACCUUGUGAAGCACGCAGGGCAAGUGUUCUUGCUUGUUAGAGAUGAGGAAAUAAAUUACUGAAAGGGGACAUCUCUGGGCCUCGCACUGCAGGUGCAUGGUGGCACCAACAGUUGGGGAAAGCCCCAGGUUAGACACGGCCCCUCCUCCUGUAACACCAGUUUGGGGGAGGAAAGCUUUUUGUUUUUGCUCUCUUAAAAGAUGGGUCCCACGUGUACAGGGGCAGAAUUGUCAGGCCUCAAGCUUUAGCUGAGCAUUGGCUCCUUGGUGUGUGCGCUUACUGGCUGGGAGGGCGCACAGCGGCGCAGUCCAAGGGGCUGGAUAAGGGAUAUCCCCCUCUGGGACAUCUGAGGGGUGGAAUUAUAGAUGGGCCAGGGUUUCUUGAUUCUACCCCAGUGCCAUCCCUACCGCACAAGUGUCCAUUCUGUUUUGUUGAAGCAGUCGCUGUUCCCUUAUCCAGAACGGGUAACUCGUUCUCCCUGCGGAGGGAGAGACCGUGGCUUCCAUUCAUUCAGCUCCCUCAUGCAUACUUUUAUUAGGCAAUAGACUAGUUAAGAUAAUUGUUUCUAUGUACUGUAUAUUUUGUACCUGUUUACACUUCUAAUAUUGAUAUAACAGAUAUUUUGAAAAACAAAUGAAAAGGAAACAUCCUGUUAAAAUAAAACCUAACCAGCACCGAG